GGGUUACAGCGUCGGCUGCACGGUCGCCCAGGGCCGGGAGGGACGCGGCUGGCGCCGCUGCGGCCGCGGGGGGCGGGGAGGCGGCCGUGAGGAGGCGGAGCUGCGAGGCCGCCCGUCGCCGGGCUGCCGCCGCCGCCGCCGCCGCAGCGGUGCCCGCUCCUCCCCGCGCCGCGCCGCGCCGAGCCCCGCCCGGCCGCCUCGCCUCCUCCGCGGCGGGCCCCCCUCGCAGCUGCGCGGCGGCGGACACCGAGGCAGGCGCGAGCCAUGGAGGGCAACCGCGACGAGGCGGAGAAAUGCGUGCAGAUCGCUCGCGAGGCCCUGAGCGCCGGCAACCGCGACAAGGCCCAGCGCUUCCUGCAGAAGGCCGAGAAGCUGUACCCGCUGCCGGCCGCGCGCGCGUUAUUGGAAAUAAUUAUGAAAAACGGGAGCACCGCUGGGAAUAGCACGCAUUGCCGAAAACCUGCAGGGAGCAGUGACCAGAGCAAGCCCAGCUGCGGGAAGGACAGCACUUCCGGUGCUGGCGAAGGCGGGAAAGUCUAUACCAAAGACCAAGUAGAGGGUGUGCUCAGCAUAAACAAGUGUAAAAAUUACUACGAAGUCCUCGGAGUUACAAAAGACGCUGGUGAUGAAGAUUUGAAAAAAGCUUAUAGGAAGCUUGCGUUGAAGUUUCAUCCAGAUAAAAACCACGCCCCUGGAGCCACGGAUGCGUUCAAAAAGAUUGGAAAUGCUUAUGCGGUCUUAAGCAAUCCAGAGAAACGAAAACAGUAUGACCUCACCGGCAGUGAAGAGCAAGCCUGUAACGCGCAGAACAACGGCAGGUUCAAUUUCCAUCGCGGCUGUGAAGCCGACAUAACUCCGGAAGACCUGUUCAAUAUCUUCUUUGGUGGUGGAUUUCCUUCAGGCAGUGUGCAUUCAUUUUCAGAUGGCCGGGCUACGUACAGCCAUCACCGUGAGCACCAACACAGUGGGCACGAGAGAGGAGAAGAGAGAGCAGAUGGAGGCUUUUCUGUGUUCAUUCAGCUCAUGCCCAUCAUUGUGCUCAUCCUAGUGUCCUUGUUAAGCCAGCUGAUGGUCUCCAAUCCUCCGUAUUCCUUAUACCCCAGAUCUGGAUCAGGACAAACUAUUAAAAUGCAGACAGAAAACUUGGGUGUUGUUUACUACGUCAGUAAGGACUUUAAAAGCGAAUAUAAAGGAACACUAUUACAAAAGGUAGAAAAGAGCGUGGAAGAGGAUUAUGUGACUAAUAUUCGAAAUAACUGCUGGAAAGAAAGACAACAGAAAACAGAUAUGCAGUAUGCAGCCAAAGUAUAUCGUGAUGAGCGGCUGCGGAGGAAGGCGGAUGCCCUGAGCAUGGACAGCUGCAAGGAGCUGGAGCGGCUCACCAGUCUCUACAAGGGGGGAUAGCCUGGGUCCCGCCUGCGCCUUUCUGUGUACUGUCUUUUCUGUAAAUUUCAUGUCGCCAUGAAGCUGAAGAAGACUUGAUUAAAGACUAAGCUGAGUAGUUGAUUCCUGAAAUCUUGGACUGUUAAUGAUCUGCUGGCUCAUUUCAAUAGUAAGAACUGAAAACUAAAUAUUUUAGUAUGCUUCUGCAAUUCCUUUAACUUUAAAAUCUUCUAUGAUUCCUUACAAAGUCUGGAGAGGAUCAUCACACCUGUAGCAAUCGCCAGUUUUGUGAUUCUCCAUUAUUCCUUUACCAUGUAAAUAUUUUUAGGGUGAUUUUGUAUACAUAUGAGCGCUUGCCUUUUAUUUAAAUUAUUUUAGUGUUUAGCUCCAUGAGACACUUUGUUCAGGCUGACAGAAUGGACACAGCCACAUUUCCCAUUAGGUGUUUGCGUGUGUGGAGUUUAAACAAUGAAAUUUUUUCAAAAAGAAAAAGCAAAACUUUAUGUAAAAUCUUAUAUCAGUGUAGAAGGAAUUGACAUUUUUAAUAUUGUUCUUAUAUUCCAGAAUAUGUAAUGACAUAAAUGAACUGGUGUUUACUCUCAGUAUGCUCUUUAGUUUUAUGAAUUGCUAAGCCAUACAUAGGAAUGAAAUGCUAUAAGAUAGAUUUUAAAGAAAAUAUGAUGAUAAAUAUUAUGCUAAGUGAGUUUUCAGUGGUAAGUUGCAAUUAUGCCAUUCACAAUUCCAGUAAUUAAAAGUUAGCCCCAAAUGUUCAUUUAUAUGUCUUUCAAGGCGACUGAAGCUUAUGAAACAAAAGAUGAGCUUUCUUCCAAUGGAAAUUCAGUUUCAUGGAGAUAACUGAAGGAGGGCCCCAAAGCAAAUGGAUUCUUCUACAAAUAAGUAAUAAGAACAAAAUGACCACUAACCCCCAGCUUUGUGCCUUUCCGACUGUAGCUGGCUUACUUGACAGCAUGGUGUGUUGGGCCACAGUAGCCCUGUGCAGAGAUAGAGCAGCAGCUAACACAGUGACUGGCAGCAGGCCAUCAGAGCAUGCUGCGCUCCACCACCCAGGCCGCUCAUCAGGUCUUUAGAAUAAGCUCCUUGUAACGAAAUCUGUACUGUAAAGUGGGAAAAUACAGCUGGGACUUGAAGCUUUGCUG